UAUUUACUAGUCCCUACUCCCUAGACUCCAGUACUUCUCAAUCUCUCUCUCUCUCUGUCUCCAUAAUAUAAAUAAACAACCUCUGUGUCUCUGAAAAGACUGAAACUUUCGAACUCCCGUAUUAUUGUAUUUAACUCACACACACCCACAUAACCAAAAAAAAAAAACAGAGAGAUUUGUUGUGAGAUUGAAACAAAAGAAUGGCUAGCUCUGAUAUUGAGCGAGGAGGAGUAAAAAACGGAAGGUACAACCGGGAAAAUUUCGAUGUUGAAACCUCGGACAAUGAAUGGACUUCAUGGUUGAUUCCUUUGUUUGUGGUGGCCAAUGUUGCUGUCUUCGUUGUGGUCAUGUACAUCAACAACUGCCCCAAAGACAAUCCCAAUUUGAACGAGGCUUGCGUGGCCAAGUUUCUUGGCAGGCUUUCUUUCCAGCCUCUCCAUGAUAACCCUCUCUUUGGUCCCUCUUCUGCUACAUUGGAAAAAUUAGGAGCUUUGGACUGGCAAAAGGUAGUGUACCAACAUCAAGGAUGGAGACUUGUCAGUUGUAUCUGGUUGCAUGCCGGUAUUAUUCACCUGCUUGCAAACAUGUUGAGCUUGGUCUUCAUUGGGAUCCGCCUAGAACAGCAAUUUGGUUUUGUGCGAGUUGGGUUACUCUAUCUGUUAUCAGGAUUUGGUGGGAGCGUAUUAUCUUGCCUCUUCAUUCAAAAAAGUAUCUCUGUUGGUGCCUCUGGUGCUUUGUUUGGCCUUCUUGGUGCAAUGUUAUCAGAGCUCUUAACCAAUUGGACCAUUUAUAGCAAUAAGGCUGCAGCACUGUUCACCCUUAUAGUUAUCGUUGUCAUUAACUUGGCGGUUGGAAUUCUUCCUCAUGUUGAUAACUUUGCCCAUAUUGGAGGAUUCUUGACAGGACUUCUCCUCGGCUUUGUUUUGCUAAUUCGACCUCAGAUUGGGUGGAUGGAAAGCCAGUAUCUUCCAGCUGGUUCUCGUGUCCAUUCUAAGUACAAGUCUUACCAAUAUGUUCUCUGGGUAGUUUCCGUGGUGUUACUGAUUGCUGGAUUUACUGUGGGAUUGGUGAUGCUGUUUAGAGGAGAGAAUGGAAACGAUCACUGCAGCUGGUGCCAUUAUCUUAGCUGUGUGCCUACCUCGAAAUGGCACUGUGAUAACUAAUGGACUUUUGCCACCUAUCUUAACUUUCCAUACCUUGUCAUAUUCUGGUUCUUUUUCUUCCUCCAACUAUUAUUUUUUAGUUCUUUUUUUCAUUGGGAUGUUUUCACUCAUGUACAUGAAUAUACAUAGAUUUCUUUGGACAUGAAGAAAGUAGUGUUACCUAGUACAGGAAGUCUUUCUAUUAUUAUACACAAACGAUUGGGUUUUGUAUUUUAUAUUUGUUCUUAUGUCAAUAUGUUUUAUUUCUCUCU